AUUUGUUUUUACAGUUAGACUAUUUUAUUAAUCAAACUGUUGUAAUGCAAAAUAAUUGAUUGAUUUUGAAGAUUUAUGAUGAAAGAGUUUUGAAGAAACCUUAGUUAAGAUCCGAAAUUCACUAAGGUUUUCUUUAAUAAUUGCUCCGAUAGAACAAGAUAAUUGUAACACUUGUAUUAUAUGUAUCUGAAAUCUUUCUCCAAGAAGAAAGGAAAAUUCAAAGUAAUAUUAGUAUUUAAGUAAUUUUUAAAGCUCCGACCAAGCAAGUUUGUCAAGCAGCUUAUAAUUCGUAUAUAUGAUAUUCGUAAGAUAAGCUGGAGGGGAAAAAAAGGAAAAUUAAUGUGAUUUGGUAAGAUGGGUUAGGAGGGUAAAAUUAUUGUAUUUUGUUUCAAUAAAGUUUCUUUCUAUCUUGUCGCAAACGUCUGAUACAUUUUCUGCUUCGAAGGCAUCUCAUGGAAAGAAAAAGCGAGGUGGAGGAGGAAUUUGUUUCUUUUCCUUCAGUUUUGUGUGAAAUUUUACCGAGUCGAUGCUGUUGGCGCGACAAUCAUCGUUUGUUAUUUAAGAUUAUCUCAAAUGCAAUCUUGGAAUAUUAUUUCAUUUUGGAUGGAUGGAAUGUUCAGGCAGGACUAGACUUAAAAGUAGACCUUUUCGUUCAAUAACAUACUGCAAUGACUCGAUUAAUUUUUAAGGUAAGUGACUGGUCGAAGAUUUAAUUUCAACGUGUUAUUUAAAUUACGUAUCCACUUAACGAACCAUAUAUAUGUCGCUCCACAUGCUUAUUUCAGCAGCACGUGAAAGUGCACCUUUAUGGUAUUAAAUAUACAUAAGACACAUUUUGUUACUGAAAAUACGUAAGUUAUUAGUUAGUGUUCUUCAAAAUCUUUCAGAAUUCUGAUUGUAUCAGAUAUACGCAGUACCGAUCGAAAACAAAAAUGAUCCAGGAUAAAAGUAAAACCAUUUAAACAUAGAUAAAUGUAGUUAUAUAACAAUUAUAAUCACACGGUUUAAAUUAUUAUAAUAAAUAUGCAAUCAGAUAAAUUUUGUCGCGCGACACUGCGGUCCAAUGCAAUGUCUACGUGGUUCACGUUUGUUACGUGGAAAGUUUGCAUAAUUUGCAAGUAUUAUUGAAUGGGCCGAUUGCUCGUUCGGUGUUGAAAUUGCAGCUGACAUUCAGAGCAAUCCGGAACGAUGAGUGAAUUUAAAUUGCACCAUUUGAUAGUGCAGUUGAUUGAAUUGUUGGGUUCGGAGUCCGUCCCGGAGAGGCACUUGGAGAAGCUGCAGGAGAGCUCGGCGGCGAACGCGCUGAACGCCGUUGCUCCGCACAGCUGCAUCCAGCAUCUCGCCAAGAUCUCGUCCCAGCCAGAAUUGUUUGUGCAGAAGUACGAGGAGCUGAAGUCGAAAAAAGUAGAUCUGCUGGGUCCGUUCGUGCAGACUCUGGAGUUGAUAUCUCAAGACGAACAGCUGAAGAGAUACUUGUCGAGAUCCGUGCCGAGGGCGGUGGCCAGUUCCCUGAAGGAUCCGACCGUCACGCAGGAAGACUUGCCGAAGAUUUGCAAAACUGUAAUUAAAGCUGCUGUGGAAGGGGGGAAGAAAUUAAAUCAGCAAGUCUGUAGGAAAAGUGACGGCGCCUUGGUGAAGCACAAUUGGGUGGUGGAACGUCCACGUAUAACUUGGGACUUUCACAGUGACGCCGCCGUGACGCAUUAUCAAAAGGUCGUGCCGAUAAUUGUAUCUCAGGAAUCCAUACUUCUUUGGGACAUUUUGUAUUGCUUGAAAGGAAUAGACGGAUCGUACAUCGUCUCGGAACCAUUGACCAGUCCUUACGCUCUUAAAACUUUCACUAUACCGCCGGAUGUCGUUAAGGAAACGUCGCGAAAGAUUAUUAGAAAUCUAAAUAGUCGUCACGGGGGCAAAAUUGAGCGUGUUGAGUUUGAUUUUCUAGGUGUAUCAUUUAAACAAUUGGCGCAACAGAUAUUACCAUUAGCCGCGUACUAUUCCAUGACGGUGAGAUUUGUCGAGGAAAAAGUCUUGCUGGACGACGGACAGGUCAAUCAUGCUCUAAGAGGAGCUGUACGAUCCCUGCUGAAAGAUUACUUGCUCUUCGUCGUGCAACUCGAGACAGAACACAUUCAUGGUGAACUAAGUUUGCAGAAGCUAUGGUUUUACAUUCAGCCUACUAUGCUUACGAUGUCCAUACUCUCUCAGAUUACAUCUACGAUAUGUAACGCAAAUGCUAGAGGGGACAAAGUACCGAGUCUUCUGCAUGAGCAGACACUGAACAACGUUAGCGGCGAGGCAAAAUCUAAAGAGCUGUGCUUGUAUCUCAUUCAAGCGGCGAGCAUGCCAUAUAUGCAAAUUUUAGAAAAAUGGGUUUACAAAGGAGUGAUAUGCGAUCAUGGACCUAUAAUAUAUGGACUGCGCAUUCCCCUUACUAUACACAAGUUAGAAUGAGACUAACGUGUAUCCCCAGAUUCGUGCAUGGUUUACAGGCCAAAAUACACGAUCCUGUGAAUGUUCAUAACAAACGGAGAGUGAGAG